CUCUCGCUCUGGCAUUUCGGUCCCCGAUUUUCAUCAACGAGGCCUAUCCAGGUAUAUAAGAUCUAUGCUUUAACGUAUUGCACUAGUUCAGCAGUGCGGCUAAAAAGAACAGACCUUUUGAGUGGCGUAAUUUCUGUUGUAAUAUUACGAUAUCAGAUGAUCGAUGGUGCAUAAAUUACGUUUGAUUUGACAUUCGUCAUGGACACGGAGAAUGCGACGAGAGUGGGACUUGGACGAUUAAGGAAGAGAGCACGCGAGAGGGAAGUAGACAAAGAUGGGCAUAUUGCUAGUCAUCACGUGACGAAUGAAAUAUCGCAGGAAAAUAUAGUACGAAAGAAACGUAUGAAAAAAAAAACGAAAAAACAAGAAAAUUCUACGGAAACGACAGAUUUAUCGAAACGACUGAAAGAAGCGUGUAACAAGGGCAUCAACGACAAAGACGUACCAAGAGUCGAUGGUGAUGAUGCAGACGAUAGAGACGUCAAAGCCCCCAAAAAACCAUCCAAGAGGCAACUCAAAAAGGAAAAGGCUGUUAAAGUGGCGAUUCAGAAGAAGCAGACUAGUAGAAUGAAUGCCAUGCAAAAGGCGUUGAAUUAUGUAUCUAUGUGGAAACAUUCCAGAAGCGAAUGGAAAUUCGAGAAACUCAAACAAAUUUGGCUAAUGGAUAACUUGCUGGACAACGAUUCAAUUUCUGAUGCCACUUUCCCUAUUGUUCUCGAAUAUUUCGAAGGUUGCAAAGGCAUAGCGCGAGAGGUGCUUCUGAAAAAGGGAAUGGAUGUUAUGAGAAAAGCUGAAGAAGCGGAAAACGAAAGUAACAGAAUCGAGAUUAUGGAGUCGACCGCUUAUAAGAGAGCUAGGCAACUUUUACAAGCUUUGCCCUCGGAUAGGUAAUUUUCAAUUUGAGCAUCUCAUUGAAUGGAAUUGGACAACAAUCUCAUUCGAACGAUCACUUUGUUUCAAAGAAGAAAUUUCUAAAUUUCUCUUGCUGAUAACGUGAAUCGAUGUAACGUUAGGCUGCAAUCUUGCGCUAAUCAAAUUAAAGAAGAAACGAAAAGAUACUUGAAACGUUUCAAUAAACUCUUUUAAUUAAGCUGUCGCGUGAAUGUAUUCAUUGUAUGCUGAACGAUUAUCUUGACCAAGAAAAUAUUGCAACCGA